AUGUCCAGAUCCAGAAACGUAUGCACACUGUUGUACAAUCACAUGGAAUUCGUCGGGGAUGCCUUGCGCUUCUAUGUAAUUCACGCAAAAAAUGAUCAGGCUGGAAUUUACUUCUGCUGUUAUGGUUUUAAUCAUACUGCUAGCGGUGGGCGUCUGUUCCCAGGCACAAACCAGUAUGACAGAUUUCGAAAGCUAUUAUGCAACAGACUUCUCAUUGCGGAUGAGGAAGUAGCUGCUGCAAUUCACGCGAAGGGUUUGAAUGCAAAUGAAAUCGGGAGUCACUCUAUUCGGAAAGGUGCAUCGACAUUCUGCUCUAGUGGGAGCACUGCUUGCCCGAGCCUAGCAGCAAUAAGCAUUCGAGCAGGGUGG